AUGGGCCUGCCCUACUCGAAACAGAUCAAUGCGGCUUUCGACCAAGUAACACCGCUGGUGGGCGAGGGCUACAAAGUGCUGGAAACCAUCAAGAACAUCUCAGUCCUGCUGUCGUGGAUCCAAGUGCUUACGGUCGUGCUGCUGGGGUCAAUCGCGGGGUUGCUGCUGGCCCUGCUCGUCACGAUAAACCCGGACCUGGAUCACGAACGGCGCCAACUCGUCACCCCCGUCGUGCGCUGGCUUUGCGCCCGCGUCCUCGCCCACUUCGACUUUGUCGCCCGCCACCCCUGGGUUGCCGUCUGCGGCUACCUGUCUGUCGUUGUCGGUGUUCUGUUCGUCGCCUUUUGCUUUUUGGAAUGGAUCGAUCCGCAUAUGGAGCUGCGGGGAGGUGGCCAGGCCCAGGACGGGAACGAAGAGGAAACUCAGAACAGAAACAAAGGAAGGGCUGACGACAAGAGCCGGUCCUCGUCCUCAAAAGGAUCGGAUGAAUCCGACGGCGCCGAGGAGUAG